AGGUACAUGAUACCACAUCUAUAGAAAAGGUGCUGUUCAUAUCCCAAUAUGUGUGGAAGAUCAGUUACUGUAAUGUUGUAGUCAGAAAGAGAAAAACAUAAUGGAUGAAUUCAAAGAAUUUUUGAAGAUAUGCAAAAGUUACAUAAAGAAUGAGCCCUCCCUCAUCAAAUUAAUCAAGAAAAGACAUCGUGAAUGCAGUGAAAAAUACUUGCGGUCCUCAGAAUUUCAUAACAGUCUACACAUCACUCGUGCCCAAAUCGAAAGUAAUCCCAAAGAAAUCUUUCUCUAUUUAAGAGAUUUUUUAAAAGAACUGAAGUCUAAUAAAAAAGAUGAAAAUGAGAUGAAAAGGAAAAGAGAAAAUACACCUCCAGCCGAAGAUCAGCAUGGAAUAAAGAGAAUCAAGAAAGACGAAGAAAGGAAAGAAGACAGUUUUUCUUCCACCUCUGCUACUGAAUCAGGAUAUGUAGGUGAAAUUUCAGGAAGAUGUGCUAAGCCUGGAACCUCUCUGGCAAACAAAUGUGAGGAUAAGUUAGAUAAGUGUGAGGAGGAUCAAGAUGAUAUAGCAGAAAGGGUAGAAGAAAACUGUGAUUCUGACCCUGAAAUUCAAAUAGUGUCCCUGGAAAGUUCUAGCUGCGAAGAAGAUCAGAGUGAUCCCAUAAAAGUGACAGUGUCAAAAGAGAAGAAAGAACAUCUUGGAAGAAAAAAAGUGUCAAAUGAGAAAGAAGAUAUUGAGGUUGAGAUUUCCAAUAAGGAGACUGUGUCGCAAGAGGAGGAUGAGGACGAGGAUAAGUCUCACAACAAGAAUACUGUCUUACUAGAGAAGGUGGAAGAUUUUGAGGUGGUGCUAAAUGAGGAUUAUUCAAAUGGCAGUACAGGAAGCUCAUUGGUCAAUUACAAUAUCUCAGGAACCGAUAAGGAUUCUGCAUGUGAUUCCACUGUAUUGGAUGAACCUGACCUCAUGUUAGACAAUGGGGAAAGACUAGAUGUCAAAAAUAAUGAGCAGUCUCUGGCAAAUAAAAAACACUUUAUUUUUGAAAAAGAUUCUGAGAAAAAUUCAAAAGCACAACUUGAGAAGGUGUCUGCGAAGUCUAAUGAGUUGUCUUCUAUUGAUGGAGAAAAAGAUGACACAUUUGAAUCAGCAGUUGAUAAAUAUCCAGAUUCCACUACUACAGAACCAACAGAAAAAAGUCAAGGAAAAGUUCCAAUGACACCAAGUAAAUAUAAAGAUGUUUUCCAAAGGUUGAAAACUACUGUAAGCAAGGUGAAAAGUUUGCCAGUGUCACCAAAGCAUGCAGUGUACUCACCUGAUAGUAGUUCAAAGGCGGAUAGUGUUCCAAACAAUGUGGAUUCACACAGUGUGGGUGCAAUGGAUGUGGUUGAAGAGGAUCAACAUCCUUUGCAAGGAGAAGAAAUAAAGAAGGAUGAAAAAGAUACAGAUUAUAUUGGAAGUAAAAUUGAAGAUCAAGCAAAAUCACCUACAGAUUUACAUAAACAUGUGAAGUCAAAAUCUUUAUCACUGAAGUGCAAAAAGAAAGAUCAACAGGAAAAGGACACUUUGUGUAAAGAAGAUUCUUGUGACAGUGGAGAGACAAAUCAAGAGAAAUACAUUGUAAUUAGCAGUAGUCAAGAUACAGAUGAAGAUGUUGGUGAAAAACCACACUUUGCAAGAAAGCUUACUGAUGAUUUCUUUCAAAAUGCUGGAGAAAGCCCAAUAAAAAUUGUACAAGUAACCUCUGGAGCAGCAUUAGAGGCCAUGGAUUCUGUUGAGGAACAACAAAAUGAAAUGGAAGUUGAUUCUGUAAGUAGAGAAGAAGUUGAUUCUGUAAGUAGAGAAGAAGUUGAUUCUGUAAGUAGAGAAGAAGAACAAAAAAAUGUCACACAGGAAGAAAGCAAAAAUAAUCCACAGAAGAAAUUGGAGAAUUCAAGUUUGAAGGAGGAAACUAAGGAAGAAAAAACAGAAGUAAAAAGUUCUGAUGAUGAACCAUCAACAAGUGCAAAGGGAGCAACUAAAAAGGAGAAAAAGGGCUCAAAGAGGCAGAUUGAAAGACUAGAAAAACUGCUGAAGGAUAUCCGAGACAAGAUUGAGGAGUUAAAGGAAACAGAAGUGGACUUGGAUGAUGAAGAUUCAGCGUACAUCAUGGAGGAGAAAUAUCAGAAAAAGUUUGUCAAGGUGUGGAACAAACUCUGUGAGAUCAAAGAGAGCAGCACAGACACAGGACGACCAGUGGAGAGGAAAUUCAGAUACGAAGGUACUCGCUAUCCAGAUAUAAACAAGAAAAUUGAAAGAUUUGUAAACAAGACGAAAUGUUUUCCAGACUAUCAUGAUGUCAAGGAGAUCAUCAUCAGUGUCAAUAAAAGCAAGUCACUUCAUAUAAAGACAUCAGCUAUUGACCGAUUAGCCAGGGAGGCAUUUGCUGACGUGGGGGAUCAACUCCAGAAGAGAAGAGAGAAAGAUUUCAAAUACACAUUUCUUGGACACCUUCCCCCAGAAAAGACAGUGGUCAGAAAUGAAGAUGAUCCAGCCUAUGAUGACAAAGCUCUACAACUAAAGCUGGAAGAAAACAAGAAAAUUUCAAAGAGUCGCCUGAACGAGGUGUUAGAGAAAUACGUACAGAAACAGGAAAGAAGAGAUGAAGGUGAGGAUGAUGAAGAUGAGGAGGAGGAAGAUACACAGGGAGAUGAGGAAGAGGACAAUGAAGAAGUAGAUGUCCCAGAAAUGGACCAAAUUAUCAAUGGUGAAUCUCAAGAUGAAACUCAUGACAGUACCAUUAUCAGCAAAGAAAGCAGAGAAACGGGUCAACCUUUACCUUGUCCUGAAAUAAAGAAAGAAAAUACAGAGACAGGCAACCAAGAGCAAUAUUCAGAAGUGACCAUGAAAGAAGUUUGGGAGUUAGCGGCUGUAAAAGAGGAAAAGGAACUGGUAGAUACAAUGAAAGCUGUCCCUGUUAUUAUUAAGCCACUGGAUGAUGACAUUGUUUACAUUGAUGAUGAUGAUGAUGAUGUGAUGGUUGCACAAGAAGAUUUAUUAGACUUCUCUCACAAGCGAACUAAGCAGAAUACCAAAUAUGGAACUAAACCAGUUGAAAUUAAAGAGAAAAAGCCAGAAGUACCCAAUAUCAUACAAGAACUUCACCAAGAAAUUAUGAAUCAGUUCAAUUCUAUAAAGUCCAGUAUUGACAAGGGCGAAACUCUGACCGCAUCAACCAUAAAACCAGAGGUGUACACAGGGAAGAAUUUCGUCAAGAGAAAAUUUCCAGGCUACCAGGUGAAGAACAUUUCUAAGGCCAGUUCUGGUAUUUCACAUACAGUGUCUUCUAAAGAUUCUAAAUUUUCAUCAAAAACCAAUCAAUACAAAGCCUCACUUUCAGUGACCAAUGAUUCAAGAGUGUCAUGUUCAGUAACCAGUAACAGAAGAAAGGGAAGUGAAAGUAAUGAUUUAAAAAUUGUUGAUAGCAAGAAUUCAGACUCUUCAUUAGUGAGGCAUACUGAUAAAAAUCAACUGAAGGAAUUUAAAGAUGGGCAGAUACAGUUUAUACCACUUAAUAAAAUGGGGGCAACAUUGUUGGAGGUCAAUCCAGAAGGAGGGAAACAAAGUCUUUAUACAAAUGAGAGUAAAACCAAAUCAGGCCUUGACGAAGUUGUCGUUUACCCAAAAUCUGGACAAAACAUUGUCAAUCUAAGUGGAAGGGAACCCAAAUUCAUUGAAAAAGUUGUGUACCCUAAACCUGGGAAAAAAAUUGUCAAUCCUAGACCUACGCAGUCAAAAGGUGCUGGGUGGCACCAUAUGAUGGGAACAUCACCUGUUCUGCUGGAUGAUAGUGACAACAGUUCUGCUGAGGACUUGGAACCAGUGAUCAUGUCAAAACAUGGUCCUCACACAAAACCAGUUCAGACUUCAUUUAGUUCAGCACAAGGGAGUUCUGUAUCAGAGGGCGGUCUCUGGCAUUGUAUGAAUAGCUCUGAAAAAGGGAAGAGUUCAGGACAAAGCAGUAGAUUAUCUCUUCUAGGAGAAGGAGAAAGAAAAUAUGUUUCCCAAAAAACAGCAGUGAAAGUUCCUAAAAAUGUUGAAGAUGAUGAUAUUAUUAUUUUAGAUUAAUGUGUUCAGAUUUUUUAACUCAGGUAAAUGUUUAGAUACUGAUACAUCAGAUCUCGGUACAUGAGAAUUGAAACCAACAGUGCUUGAUAAACAGCUGAACCAGGAACUGACAUAAUGUAUUUGCUUUUGCGAUCUUAGAUUCCACAUUACAAAUAUAUUUUGAUUGAUUACAUUUUUUUAUUAUUAAAAUCUAAACAUUGAAGCCAAGAAUAAAAAAUGAUUUGUUUGAUGUGCUCUGACCGACCUGUCAAAAUCAUCCCUAACCAAUUAUUUUUUCAGCAUUUCAAAUAUUCAGUUUUAAUUUUUUUUCAAGUUUCCAGGGAAAUAGACAUUGUUUCAUUUUAAAAUGAAGUUUUAUACUGUCCAGUGUAUAAUGAAAACAUCAAUAAAUUUUCAAGUGUCUGAUUUUUAUGACAAUUAUCAAUUUAUUAGAUACUGCCAAAAAAAGAAGAAUACCUACCUAUCUACCCACCUUAAAAAAUAUAAGUUGGAGUACAUCAAACAAAAGUAUUUUUAAUGAUAGCCUGAUAUGUGUGCUGUAUGUUAUUAAAAAUAUAUAUUAUGCAUGGAAAGAACAAUAAUUUACAAUUAAAAUUGCUUACUUAUUCUUUACAUGUAUUUCCUCAUAAUUUGUUCU